AUGCCACCUGAGAGUCACGAACCGGAGGGAGGUUCCCCAGGUUACGAUGCAGAUCCCAUGGACAGCGUAGCCUGCCGGGGGCAGGUGGGAGGUGACAUCAGCAGCAGCAGUAGCAGCAGCAGCACCGGCGGCAGCAAGACUUCCCCCUUGUUAUCGACGGCUGGCAGCGCUUGGGGGACACCUAGUCUGCCGACAGCACCUCUUCUGGGGACUGAACGCACACUGCUAAAUGCCAAGAAGGAGAGGCUCUCAAGGGGGACUCGUCUGCUGAUGCCCUAUUGGGCGGUGCGGCAGGUGGUCAUUAACCCCGUAACGGAGGAAGAGACGUGCACACCUGCUCCUGUAGCAGCACCAGGAGGGUGUAUGCAAUUCUUUGUCGCGCUUCCUUUGUUCCAGCUGGCGCUUGCUAUCCCGGCCCACCAACCUGUGGCUCAUGGUGACGUGCAUUCUGUCUUUUGUCGUGUAUGGCUUAUGCUGCGAUGUGUGACUGGUUAUGUCUACUACAAUGGCAUAUGGACAUGUCGCUUUCGUGCUGUGCCUCUGCGCAUUUUUUCAAGCGCCUUCACGUGCCAUGUCCUCGACGGACGGGAGCCGGUCCUUAAGGAGGCAGCUUGGGGAGACCUCCGCGUGGGCAACAUCGUGCGCGUGUAUUGCGGGGAGUGCGUGCCGGCAGACUUGCUUAUCCUUACGUGUGGCCAUUCAGAGCGGUACUGCGUAAGAGAAACGAAGGCAGAUUAUUCGCUCGCGGCCCUUGCAGGGUUAAGGGGGCGGGUUGUGUGUGAGACCCCUGCUGGAGGUUCGCCGCACUUCAAGGGGACCAUACGGCUUGACGCACGGCCCAGGGGAACUCGCAUCGUAGCCAGCAACAUUGCUCCAAGAGGGAGCAUUCUGCGAUGGACUGAGUGGAUUGAUGGACUGGUCCUGCACGCCGCAGAGGAUGUAGCUUUUUACCAGUCUCGCAGGAGCUGCAAGGAGGGGAAUAGGGAACUGGAUUCCGCAUGCAGCGUCGUUGUUGGCGUUUUCGCGGUUACAAGUUUGAUUCUCGGUGUGGCGUUGUUCCUGGUCAAAGGGCUGAUCGGUACACAACAGGGUUGGACAUUUGAUAUGCCACACUACAAGGCGCACCUUUCGCAGUGGCUUUUCCUCUUGUCAUGUGGGCCAGUGGCUCUUAGCUUCGCACUUGACAUCGCGAAGCUCAGGCGAAAGGAGAACCUUUGGCAACCUUUAAAGCCACUGCCGGACAGACAUGGAGACAGCCUACAGAUGAGGCAGUCGUGGAAGCGUGGACACCAUGGAACCGAGCAGCGACAUGGGCAGAAGUGCCCUUCACAUGACGAAGGUUAUUGCGCAUCUGAGGUUUUCGGACAGCUCAUAUCGCCUUCAGCUCUUGAUGAUCUAGCCCGAGCGGACUUUCUUUUAUUCGAUAAGGGAGCGGUCGUUGAUGGAUCUACACUGCAACUUCGAGGGGUGUGCGCUGGAGGAGCCUGCUUUUCGAAACCCCUCGCACGCGACAUAGAACACGAAGGCGAUUUGAGAGCGGCAUGCCACCACUGUGACAGCAUGGAGAGUGGUGAAGUGCCCGGAGAGUCGUCCAGUGAUUGUCCCUGCCAAAAGGCGCGGACAGUGCAAGGCAUCGCACCUGGGAAUCAAGAUGCCAUUGGGGGCAAGACGCAGCCGAGCGUCGAUGACCUGGAAGGAGCCAUUUUCGUCCAAUGUGGGAGGUGUGGUAUCGAGAUGGAGGAUAUAUCGGCAAUAGAACACUACUACACCACACACCGUGAUGAACGUGGCAGGCUGGAAGUUCUGGCACAGAUUGCAUCCAUUUGCCACUGCGCAACUCCGUUUUUGUCUAGAAGGACCCAGGAAGGGAGGAGGGAAGGUGUAGACGAAAUAUCCGGGGCUCCGGAUGCAACGAGGGCGCAUGUAGAGGUUGACUUUCAGUCGACGCUUCCCGAGGAUCCAGUUGUAUUGAAUCUCUGUGGGGCUUUGGGGUACAGACCAGUCCUUCGACGCGGCACGCAGCUGCACGUUGAGCGGUCCCCAAUACCUAUACCGCAGUGCCUUCCUGUGUCUUUAGUAGAAGUUGUGGGAAGUCACGCUCCGUCGCCACGGCGGCCGCGCCUCUCAUGUGUAGUGAAACCUAUGGGACACGGUUCGGGGGCUCUACUUGUGGUUAGAGGUCCGGCAGCAGAUAUUGCGAAGAUCUGUAAGGGAGGACUGGAUGCACUAAAGACGAUAGAGCACGGAAUGACUCUGCCUGAGAGGUCCCAUGGUGUGGGCUGUAGAGCAGGCAGCAGCGGUAGCAUCAGUGGAAGUGAGAUGGAUAAAGCGGUGGAGCGGAUGACGAAUGGGCCCGGCGGGGACUCAGCUUUAGGCGGGGAGGAGCGGACGGGCGAUGGAUAUGCAGAAUAUGUCCGUCAGGUAUUGUUAGCAGCUCAGCGAUUUUCGCUAGAGGGGUCGCGGCCAUUGCUUUUUGCUGCGCGCGCCUUAUCUGCUGAGGAAUUAGCAUUGUACAUACAGUUGAGCGAGGAAGCAUCUAACUCCAUGUAUCGCCAAGAGGAACGUCAGGAAAGGAUCAUCACGAGCUUUGAGACUGACUUGCAGCUUGUGGGCUGCGUAGCUGUGACGGACGAGCUGCAGCGAGGAGUCAGGAAAACACUAGCGAAGGUGAGAGAGGUGGGAAUCCGGCAGAUGCUUCUGGUUGGUGGUGACAAGCACGCUGCCCUCGCGACAGCGAGGCACUGUGGGCUAUUGCCAUCUUUUGAUUGGAGUUGUUUGAGCAAGGUUGGACCGCCAGAAUCCCGCCACGUUCGUUCUUUGGGGGAGAUGAAUCGUAAACGUUGUGGGGCUAUGCCGAACAGUGGUGUGUCCGCCGCCUCAAUUCCCAGGAGGGACAACGUAUGCCAAAGUGUCGAGGAAACCGGCGACGCCGCCAGAGCUGCACCGUGCCGCCGGUGCGACGAGAUUCAUUUGUUAAGUGUGCACCACACUACUGGUGACUUACGCACCGGCCCACCUCGCCUCUUGGAUCCUGGAUGCCUUCAUGGCCUCGUGACGAACAUUUCAGCAUCCGUCUCGCACUGGGCCGUAGCAGACGCCCAAAUCUUAUUGCAGCGUUGCUUGACCGAGCUGGCCCACUACGUGCUCAAGGAUCGCCGUCGCCUUCAGAGUCCAUCUACAUCAAUGUGGGCAUGCGAGUGUGGAACUGCGGUGCCAAGACGUCGCCUACUGAGAAUGACGAGCCGUCGGCUGUCUUCUGUUGGUGGGGACGCAAGGCGUGUGGGUAGAAGUUUCUCGCAACGUAGCUACAGCAGGUCUAAGGCUCACUUUAGGAGGGAGAAAUGCGGGGGCGUUCACCAGGGAGAGAGUGAGAAGGAAAAUGUUGGUGCGGGGCGUCGCAUGCUUCAACAGAGGAGUGAGGUACAAGAUAAAGAGGAGUACAACGGACUGUUUAUGUAUGCCAUCUGCCGGGCGGAUAUCAGUGUCUGCGCGGAAAUCCGAGGUCCGGUCAAGCAGCAGCUGGUGGCAUGCAUCAAAAAGUCUCUCAAGCCCCGACCAGUUGUCAUCGCCGCUGGUAGCAGUGCGGAGGAUGCAGCGAUGAUGCAGGAAGCCACAGUUGGCAUCAUGGUGCUGUGUUCGUCGGCUCAAGCGGAGGUUGCUACGAAUGAAUUAAGAUGGAUAGCACCACAGGAAGCGGAUCAAGUAACUUUUGGGGAGGGUGGCGAGAGGCUUCCUGUCCUCCGGCAGCUUAGCAGGACAUUCCUGGACAGUGCAAGGAGGACGUACCACGCUUUACUACCGCUGUUACCAGAGCAUGAACCUGCGGCGGAGAGAGGAAAGUCGCUUCCCUCACCAGGACCUGCGGAGAGCCGGUUGACAUCGAAGGGACAGAUGGAUUCGAUGGAGCUAGGACUUACUGGUCUUACAAAGCAGGGGUCUCAGUUGCAGCAGCACGAAGACAUGACAUUAGAACACCGACAGGCGUCUCAAGCGUCCAAGAGAGUUGUUGGACGUAUUGGUAGGGGUUCCGUCUCAAAGAACGGUAUCUUCGAGCCCUGCAUUCAGGCGGCGUGUCUGUAUGGGGGGAGCGCCGACGUGGUGCUGGAGUCGUUCCAAUCCCUCUGCAGCCUGAUGUUUAGGGAUGCACUUUUUGAGCAGGCGCAAAGCUUACUACUGAUAGACCAGGUCGUCUACUCUACAAGCUUGCUUUCAACAUUUGUGUUGGCACUGCUUUUGACAAAUCUACUUGACUACAGGGACCCGACUGGUUCGGUAUUCUGCAUCUGGUUCUCGCUGAUUGCUGUUGUCGCCGCCUGCGUCGUUGGACAUCCAAUGGCUGCUUCGCUUGACGAUGAAUGCCUCUGGACAGCAUGUGAGGGAAUAUUAACUUCAGUGGCUACCGUCAUCUUGGUGCACCAGGCUAUUUUUAAGGGGAUGCAAGUUGGUGCGCUUCUCCACGUCACCGAUUUUUUUCUCGCUGCCCUCUGCUUCGGCGUUGUCGUGAGGCCGUGGCUUGUAGCCCUCAGUAUAGGCGGAUGCGCCUCUCGUGGCCGCGUUUUAGGCAGAGUAACGCAGGGCCUACAAGAUGCUUUCUGCAUUCGAGCCACCUGCGCCUGCUGGGCAGACCAAAGUUGCAAGAAUUGUUAUUGUAAACCAGAGGCUGUACGACCGCUGCUUCUUCGAGCAAGUGCAACAAGUGCAAACGAUUCCGCUGCAUAUUCGCGUUUCCGUUCUGCCCGAACUGAUCAUACGGUGGAUCACUACCGCACGUUGGCCCAUCCGAGCGGCUGUGCAGCUGAAAGCGGUCCACACUACCAUCGCGACGCAUGUCUACUCCAGACGGCAAGGGAAACGGUUGCGAGUCCCUACAGCUCAGUGGAUGAUUUGCAUCUCAACAGUAUUUACUCGUCGAUGCGGCCAUGCGGAGUUGACUCGGUGGCUCACCAUAAUACUGCUCGUCUACUGGAGUGCCCACAGGCAGAAGCAUCAGAGAUGUGCCUUUUGCGUUGUUACCGGCAGAUAGGGGCAUGCUUGGCACUCCUACGCCCCCUGUGUAUUAUCAUAGCCAUUGCUAGCCUCCCUUGGAUUCUCACAAUUUUGCAGUUUUUGCUUUUUUAUGGCGGGACCAGCGGCAUGAGGCAGCUUCACCUCUUGCCUUAUGGAUUUCCUGCUUGGUGGCUGGUUUUACUCCCCUGUGCCGUCGUGGCAGUGCUUGUGGCAGGAGUAUUUCGGCGGGUUAACCUUCUUCUCGGCCCGGAGAAGGUCUUACUAGCAGCCGAUGACAUCUACACCGUAGUACCGGUAGCGACGGAGGACGGUUCUGCUGCAAGGCGCAUGGGGCGCCGGGGAACUUCGGAGAGCCCGGUUCUGAAUCCUCCCUCAUGGGAGGUGAGGAGGCAGUUGACGACGUCAGCAGGAGGGCUCCUUGUUGGUAUGGCGACAGCAACAGAUAGCGGCGAUGAGCGGAACCUUCGGCGGGGCAUGACUGACACAACUAGCAUGUUUUCGGAAAGCAAUGUGGUAGUGGAAGAUGAUUGGUCCAGUGAAAGCUACUUCGAAUCUGAAAGUGACUUCGAGGCGUUCACUCCCUCUGCGCCUGCCGUCGUGUGCGACGAAGCCGCAACGGAACAACGUGCAAAUGACGCUCUGAAGGGCAUCACGCUGACGUUCCGUGAUCCAUACUUGGAGGCAGACUAUCAGUCCGCACUCAUGUACGUGCUCCUGCAAAAUAUAGUUGAUUACAGGCAGUCAGCAGAGGGAAUGGACACCAGUCUGUCAGUUAUUCUCGUGGUUGCUGUCAUGCUAAGGCUGCCUUUUAAGCUGGCAACGGGACUGAACUUGUUUUACGUAGUUUCAAGCACAGUGCGCUACUUCCUUGGAUUUUACAACCAGUCAUACUUCUGCCGCUUUGCCUGUACAAUAUCCCCUCCUCGCCUCCUCUCUCCCUUGGUCACCACUCACUGUGCAGAAGGUUUCUCACUGGACAGACUUGGGCGGUGCAUCCCUGCGGAUUCGGAGCUCCACCAGUUGAUGGCUCCUCUCCAGACACGGCAGGAACUGCUCGCCGUUGCCGCAGCCCAUGCAAUAGGUUCAACCCCAGAGGAAGUGUUAAGCCAGCGCGAACCCCGCUGCCUGUGCAUAUGGCAGCUCUUGUCUUACAUCCCCUGGGUUUUGGGUCUUGUGUCGCUCAUGGCGUUCGGCUGUUAUCGACAGGAAUACAACCAACGGAAGCGUUUCCUUCUGGAUACUCAGGCAAGCUGA